CCCCACAAACACUCACGAUGUCAUGACAUAGCACAAUGCCCGGUGAUUGCACCUCGCCGAAGCACACAAUACAGCCAUGGAUCCACGAUAUAAUCAGCAGUAUGGCUACCCGAAUCGACCGAACGCCCAGUACCCUCCACAGCAGUCGCAGAAUGGCUACCAGCAGUAUGGCCAGGCCCCGCAGCAUCCCCAACAAUACCAGCAGUACCCUCCAGCGCAGAACCGCAUGCACCAUGGUUACCAGCCGCAGCCGCAGCAACCCCAGGUGGUCAUAUCACGACCGCAAAGCCAGCAGUUCAUGACAAUGCCUCAGCAUCAGCAAACAUAUCCGCCGCAACAACAGCAAAUGUAUCCGCCACAGCAACAACAAACAUACUCUCCACAGCAGCAGUACCAGCAGCGAGCAUAUCAGCAUUCUCAGUACCAGCAGAUGCCUCAACAACAGCUGCAGUAUCAGCAGUCACCCCAGCAGCCGCAGCAACGGCAGCCGCAGCAACGGCAGCCGCAGCCGCAGCAACAGCAGCAGCAACAGCAACAGCGGCAACAUCAACAGCCGCAGCAGUAUCAUCAGGUUCAUCCAUCGCAGCCUCGACCGCAACCUUCACCGCAACCUCAGCCACAAGCACGAGCGCAGCCGCAAGUUAUGAUACCUCAGCGAUCCCCCAGCUCUAUGCCGUAUCACCAGAUGUCCAGUCCGCGAACAUCAAGCCCGAGCAUCAGGCAAGUGCAGGUACCGAUACAGCGCAUAGGUAACGGUGGGAUCUCGCAAAUGGAUGGUUCUCAGGACAUGUACCGACGGCAGAGCGCGCAGCAGGUUCCUACACCACCUGUGUCUAGGCCAGUACAACGGCCUAUCUCGCAUCAAGAAAACAUCCAGAGACCACCGCAAAGACCACCAAGUACACCGGUGCAAAACCAGACUCUGCAACAGCAGCAAAGGCCACCGGGAAAUCACAUUAUGUCUAAUAUCGAGCAGCAACAGCGACAUCAACAAAGAGCUUCAAUCAGUCAAACCCAGAUGAGUAUCGAACCUCAGACUCGCUCCGUACCGCAGGUACAGAUUACCCCUCAGCGCACGCUGCCACAGGCAUACCAGCAGCCUUCGCGACCGAUACAAACUACACCAACACAGCGUACGCCCUCGCAUCAAGCACCAUCACAACAGCCGAGACCAGUGCAGGUCACACCGACACAGCGUACACCUUCACAACAGACGCCAUUACAACAGCCACGACCCGUUUCGACUACACCCACGCAGCAGACGCCAUCGCGAGACGCUCCUUCUCAACAGUCAUCUUCGCAACCGAGAUCACAUCCCAAAGUGGUCAUUCCUCGACCUGCGUCGCAUCAGCUUACAUCUCCCACAAAAUCCGCUCACCCACAACUGCCACACAAGGCGGCACCCGUCGAUCUAUCCAUCAUGCUACUUUCAACAGCCGAUGAGUACAUCGCUGCGGCACGCAGCAUCGGGCCGACAAUAGCACGACAGAAGAGAAAUAUCGAUAUCCGGCAAUACUACAAGCUCAUGUCGACUGCAAUGGGGUGUAUGGACGCUGUACUUAGAAAGUUCAAUCUGCAGCCGCGAGAGGAGGCGAAAUUGAGAUUAAGAUAUGCAAGCUUGCUCAUUGAAGAAACAGACAACACGACUGAGAUCGAUGCAAUCCUAUCCAAGGGCAUUUCGCUAUGUGCGCGGUGCCGACUCCAAGAUCUACGCUACAGCAUGCUGCACCUCCAAGCUCGUUACCAGUACCAGACAAAUCAUCGAGCGGCAUUGAAGGCUGUCGACAAGAAUAUCUCGGAAGCCGAAACAUUCCAACAGAUUGCCUGGGUGUAUGCAUUUCGAUUCCUGAAAAUCUCCUUGCUGUUGCAGAGCACCGACCGUGUUGAGGCAAUACCUGCGCUCCAGCAACUGCAUGCUAUCAACGCGUAUGCAGAGAAACGUGGCGAUACUGCAGUAGCCUUUACCUGUCAUGCUUUGGAGGCGAUGGUUCACCUGCGAUCCAGUGCUCAAGACCGCCUGAUUGAAGCCCAACGAGCGAUUGCGCAAGCUCGCAGCCUGCAACUGACGAUGUCGGCGAAGCAGCAAGGAUCAUUUGGCACCCUUUUCAGCGUUAUCGACCUGGCUUGUAGCGUACACCAAAACGCACCUGACAGCGCGAAAUCGACUUCCCUUAUACAAGCCACUGCAGACGAGAACGAUGAUGGUCUCGGGACCGAGAGUGGUGUUUUCACCGUGACACUUGAUCGGACGUCGGGUGGGAAUCUUACAACAGACACUGGCGGCAUUUUCAGGAGAAAUGUUGAUGGCCGCGACGAGCUGGUAUUUACCUGGCUCCCAAGAGAGGAUAUUAAGGCAUUGUGCUUCCUCAUAUGUGCCUUGGACCAGAGCAUGCAUGAAAAAUCACUUCAGCUGGUUCAAGAAGCCCGUUCCCGAACUCGAGACUCGAUGCGCAGGCAAUCGUCCUUUUGCUUACCUAUAUCCACGGCAUGUGCGCAGACACAGUGGCGAAAAGUGCUGGAUUGGCAUGCUACAUUCACCCUUGGGCUUAUAGCAGCACAUCGAGAGGAAUACACGACUGCCACCGAUGCUUUAAGCUCGCUUACGAAACGCAUCACGUCUGCUCCCUAUGUCAACCAGCAGGAUUACACCCAAUCGCUGUCAUAUCUGGAAGCCAUCAUCGACCAGACAAACGGUCGUUUCGAUGCUGCGCAUGCUAUAUAUACAUCGGGUGUUCUCGUACUCACUGACAAGAACUCCGUGCCGACGCUGACAAGCGAGCUUGCUAUACUUGCUGCUAUGAACCGGCUACUCAUUGCGAGGGAUCCAGCCAAUUCAGAUCACGAGAAUGUUGGCGCACUGUUGUCAAAGUUACGAUUGGCAUGCGAAGAACACCCCAGCCAAUACGUUCGCAUGGCAUUCACUCUCGUCAACGCCCUGUGCACUCUCGAUCCCUCCAUUAACCGCUUGAAAACUCUAAUGAACAAUGCGACGCAGAAAUCUCAUGAUCUCUUCAAACGCACGCAUAAUCGCGAGUUUGUCGUCAUGUCUUUAUGUUAUUUCACCGCACGCUUCUUUAUCGAGCCUGUCACCGACAAAUCGUCAUCCGCUGCCAAUGCGGUGCGUCAACACGCCAAACACAGCAAUAGGCCGCUGUGGAUGGCGGUCGCUUGUGGUCUCAUGAUCAAGGUAUUUGAACACCACAACAGUGUUGCAGAGAAGCAAAAGUAUGAGGAAGUGUAUGAGAAGGUAAGAGUGAAGCUACCUGCACCGCUCAGAGGUGAUGAUGUUGAUGCCGAGGGCGAAGACGAUGAUGGAGAUAUCAUGCUUGUGGGAUAGAUUAUCAUGUACGAUACUAUGGGAAAAGGUGCAUGUGUUGGCGUUCUAUAUCAAAAGCGAUCUGUUCUGCAUACAUGGGUAUACCUGGGAUGUCAAAAGUAUGGCGAAUAGAUGAAUCUUUUGCUACUCCUAGAAUUAGCGGAAGCUAUUAGUGACUUCUGAGGAACAAGCUUUUAGAUAGUGCAAUACCUAAU